AUGACUUCUAAUACGGGGGACCAGUUUGCAAAUCUGGGCAAAGCAUUGUCCACAACCGCAUCUGCUCUCUUUUCAUCCCAGCCGAUGGAAGAUACAAUUCUCUCAUAUAGCAGCCCAUAUAAAAAGCUGCUCCAUCAAACCAUAACAAACACUGGAGGAGGAUCUUCAUUAGUUAAGCUACGUAAUGAACCAAGACAAUCAAAGGGGAAGAACAAUGGCUUUCAAAAUAUUUAUUCAACUAGUAAGGGCUUUUUUCAGAACUCAUUUAGUGAUUCAAAAACAACUUUCAAAGUAUUAAGUUAUCUUAGUGAUGAACUGCUAGAAGAUAUACCAGCAGAGUCAUCCCAUGAAGAAAGAAAACUUAUAACAGAGCAUGGAAACAAAAAAAAUAAGAAGGUAAGAAGUAAACACGAUUCUACUUUAUUUCAAGGAUUUGAAGCAUCCUUACCGGUGAUUAAUGAAACUAUAGAAACCCAGAAAAAGCUUAUAAAAAAUGAUGAUAUGAAAUCUAUAACAGAGUCCGCAGAGAUGAGCUCUUCAACCAAUGAAAUCGAGACUGAAGAUGAAGAAUUUACGCUACCCAAUCACUUAUCCACUGAAAAGCUUCGUAGUACUUAUUCUACGUCAUUUCUAAAAGAUGCUGCUAAAUCAAUCACGGAUAAUCUUGACUUACUUGAGAUACAGAAAAACUUAGCAUCCAGUGAGAUUAGGGAACUAGAUAUAAAACUGGAGAAAUUGAAAACAAUGAGGGAGCUAGUGUUUAAGAGAGUUGCUAAGAUUGAGCAGCAAGAGAUGUUCUUGGAAAAACAUUUAAAGAGCGUAAAAGAUAGAAUUGAUAUGAUAAUCGAAUUCAACAUGGAUAAGGAAGAAAAUCUAACUGAUAAAGAGGGCCCUAAUGAAUUAUCGGAAUUAUCUCCUCCAUCAGGAGAAACCACCGAUAGCUAUGCAACAGCAGCAACCACACCUCUGGAGAAUAAAGGAGAUGACUCUUCUGUUAACCCAUUACUUUCUAAAUCCAUUUAUCAAGAAUUGAAGAAUCGAGAGUCAGGGAAAAACGAUGAAUCUUUGAAGAAACAUCGCUCAACUAAAAAACUAAAAGAGUCAAGUGUAUAUAAUCGCCAUCGUCACCGUAAAAUCCAACCAACUUUGCAACAAUUUUACGAACCAGGGUCGAAAAUUGCUAGCAUUUCUAAGGCUCACGAAGAAGAAAUAAUAUGCCUAGAUUUCGAUGUUCCAUUUGGCACCAUGUGCUCAGCGGGAAAUUUGGACCAUUCAAUAAAGGUGUGGGACUUGAGUAAGAAGAAGCAAAUAGCUUCCAUGGAUGGCCAUUUGGCGUCAAUCAGUUGUAUGCAGAUGGAUCAGUACAGUACUCUGAUUACUGGUGGCCGCGAUGCUGUACUGAAAUUAUGGGAUAUCGAUAAAGCUGUAACCGAAUCAAGUACUGACGUGGAUGACGACAAUGAUGCCUGUGUAUACACAUUUGACGCACAUGUAGACGAAAUUACUGCGAUAAGUUUUGAUGGAGAUAACUUGGUUUCCGGUUCACAAGAUAGGACUAUCCGUCAGUGGGAUCUGAACAAUGGUAAAUGUGUUCAAACAAUCGAUUUAUCUUUUGCAACUGGUCCAAUGCGUUCACAAAGGGAUUCAUCUCUUUAUAACAGCAUUCUAUUAACAAAAGAACCGCCAGCAAUUGGUGCGCUACAGUGCUUUGACGCGGCAUUAGCAACAGGUACCAAAGAUGGAAUCGUGAGGUUAUGGGAUCUUAGAUCAGGGAAGGUUGUACGUACAUUAGAAGGUCACACUAACGCCAUAACUGCACUUCAGUUUGAUUCAAUUAAUUUAGUUACAGGCUCUAUGGACAGAAGUAUAAGAAUUUGGGAUCUCAGAACUGGAACACUUUCAGAUGUAUUUGCGUACGAAAAUCCUGUCACAUCAUUGCAUUUCGACCUUGAUAGAAUUGUUAUUGCCAACAAUGAACCAACCGUUAAAAUAUACAACCGCAAAGAUGGCAAUCAUUGGUUCUGUGGUGAUGAAAACCAGGACACAGGAAAUGUCGAGUUUGUAAAGUAUAAGCACGGAUAUUUGGUGGAAGGUCGUUCAAGUGGCGAUAUAAACACCUGGGCAAUUUAG